AUGAAUCCACAGCACUUUCAGAACAUGGUGGGCAUGGGUCGAGGCAUGCCCAACAACAUGCAACAACAAAUGGCCAUGGCAAAUCAGAUGGGCGGGCAGAUGGCGGCACAAAUGGCACAGAUGGGACAGAUGGGUCAAAUGGGUCAAAUGAACCCCAGAGCUGCGCAAAUGGGUGCGGGCAUGGCAAGACCCAUGCCUCCGCAGAUGGCCGGACAGAUGAGCCUCAACCACCCUUCAGUUCAACAACACAUCUUCGACAUGUUGAACUCUCAGGGGCCUUUCACCGGCUGGCAAGCCAACGUCCACAUUCGCGAAAGAGCCGGUCAGAUCAAGUUGCUGGUCGAUUCUCUCCGUCUAGUCAGACCCCCGGUCGAGCUCCCUCGUGCGAUUGAAGUUGCUCUCCAGUUCGAGCGCAAGUGCUUUACUCAGUCCGCGAGCAGAGAGGACUAUGUCCGGGAGUGUAGCGAGAAGCUAGGGAGAAUCCGUGACCAGCGAGCUCAACAGAUGAACCAGUCCGCCGCCGGCGUUAUGCAAGGCAUGCAGGGUAUGCAAAUGCCCAGCCAGACUUUCAUACCACAGAUGCAACCCACCCAGCAAAUGCAAAACAACAUGUCUCUGCCCCCGCACCUGCAGCAGCUGCAACAGCAGCAGCAGCAGGGGAUGCGCAACUCGCCCGUUUUCAAUCAGCCCCAACCUAUGGUAAACCAAGGAAGCCAGUCCGGUCCAAACCAAUCCAUGGUAGCCAUGAUGCCCGGCAAUGUUCAGCAGAAACAGACUCAGCUGCCGGAGUUAACCCCGGAAGACAACAAGGCGAUCAACCUGAGAGCGGCCGAGCUGGCCAAAAGCACCCCCAAGGAAGAGAUGCGCAAUAUCGUCGAGAAGAUGAAUCCACAAUUACGGCAGAACUUGGCCCAGAAGGCCGUCGACCCUAUUAUUUACUAUUUCCGCAUGCUCGCAACCAAAGAGUUCCGGCGACGAAAACAGAUGGAGGCAGGAAUGGGCGGGGCCGGGAAUGCUGGACAAAUGAAUAACGCCGCUGGUAUGAUGGGACAGAUGCAAAAUCAGUCCACUCCGAACUCGAUGGCUCAGGGAAUGACAGCGAAUGGGAAUCCGCUCAUGGGCGAUAUGGGCCGCUUCCAAGGCCAACAGGCUGAAGGGUUGAGAUCCCAAGAAGUUGGUGAAUUGGUGGUCCCCGCCAGCAGUACGCCAGGCAUGUUGCCGGACCAGUUGCGCCUUCAGCAGCAGAUGAUGGCUAACCAGCGCAUGGGGCAACAAAACCAGGCCAACAACUUGAACCCGGCGUUCAUUGCGCAGCAACAGCGCAUCCAACAAGCACAGGCGACCAAACUGCAACAGGCUCAACUUCAGGCACAGAAUCAAGCGCAGGCUCAAGCUCGCGCUCAAGCUGCGGCUCAGGCGCAAAUGGCCGGUCAACGUCGGGAUAUGCCAAUGCCGCAGUCCAGCACCCCCCUGUCUGCCAUCAACCGGCCCGUUGGACCUAACGUCUCGGGAGCUAGCCCACAAACGGUUCCCAGGCCUGGUUCUGGAACUCCGAUGAUGAACCAGCAGAUGCAGCAGAUGAACAAUACAGGACAACCAGGCCAGCAGCAACAGCAGCAAGUGAAUAUGCAAGAAAUGCAAAAGCGCGAACAAGCACUGGCUAGCUUCCCUCUCCCCCUGCAGGCCCUUCUGCGUCAAAAACCACAAAGCGAAUGGCGCAAUAUCCUACAGCAAUUUCAGCAAAGUGGUCAAAUGAAAAGAAGCAUGUCACAGCAGCCACAGGGGAUGCAACCUCAGCAACAGCAGCUCCAACAGCAACAAGCGCCCAUGGCUCAAAUGCAAAACAAUGCGUUCGUUGGUGGUGCAAUGCCCAUGCAGCAGUCGCUGUCAGCUGGAGCCGUUUCUCAACAGGGUCAAGAAAUGCCUGGUAUGCAGCCUGGGAGCCAGGGACAAAUGCAGCAGAACCAGCAGGAGAUCAUGAGGCAGCGUCAAAUGCAGAUGCAACAGCAAAAGCAGCAGCAGCAACAGCAACAACAACAACAGCAGCAGCAAUCGCAACAACCGCAGCAGCCGCAGCAAGGGCCUUCAAAUGCCCAGGGACAAUUGCAAGGCCCUCGUCAACAGUUGACGGCUCCGCAGAUGAAGUUGAUGGAUCAGCAACCAGUUCCGCCCACUGUUCUGAGCAGCAUAAGACAGCAUGCUCAGUUGCCCGAAAUACGGACCUGGUAUCAACUCAAACAAUGGCUGCUGUCGAAUCCAGUUGCGAACUGGCCUAUCCCUCAUGUAUUGGACAUCCAAGCGACACAUUUCGCCCACAUUAUGAAAAAUCGUGGCCAAAAUCUGCAACAGCAGCAGCAAAGUGCCAUGGCGGGUCAGGCUCCAGGACAAGCGACUCAACCGGUGCCUCAGCCUUCCAUGCAACCUGGUCCUGGCCAGACUCCGAAUAACCCUCCUGGACCGAUGCCAUUUCGAACCCCGACCGCCUUCGAUAUUCAGAAGGUGCGGGCUGCAAAUCCCCGCGUCGCGAACAUGCCGGACGAGCAAAUUAGAGCUAUCCUCAUCAAUCGGCAUCGUCAAGUGCAGGCAAAGAACAUGCAGCAACAAGCUAACCAACAAGGCAUGCAACAACAAGGACAACCAAUGCCACCGCAGGCAGGUCAAGCAACCCUUCAGGGACAGCAGUUUGGUGUCCAACCAUCUGCUCAGAACCAAUCUUCGGCGCAGGCUCAGCAGCAAGUUCGGCCGCCUUCCGCCUCAGCGCCAGGACAACCUCGCCCGCCACAAACCCCAGUGCAGCCUGAGAACAAAACUCUCAAACGACCUAGCGAUGACGAUGUGACGGAUAUACCAAUGCAGAACAAACAAGCUCAGCCGCAAGUAAAUGGCAACAAGCCUGGGGGCUUUCAAGCUUUGACAAAGGAGCAGAUCAAUGCUUUGGACCCGGUAAAGAGACAGCAGUACAAGAAUUAUCAGCUGCAGCACGCUGCUAUGCGGAAAAUUAUGGAACUCACGAAGGAAGUUCAGACCAGUAUGCCCAAGUUGCGGCCCAUCACCAACAUGGAUGCCAAUGGCAGAAAGCGGAUCACAGACCUUUUGACUUCUGUUAACGUAAGGAAUAUGCUUGGCCGAUUCGACUCGUUCCUUGUCGCUUUCUAUCGGAUUGAGCCGAACGAUGCAGCCAUCAAGCAACUGGUCCUUCAGAAGAUACAAUUAUUCUCGCAGUACAAACCACAAUCGCUGCAGAACAAGACGUUUGAGCUGGCUGACCAUUUCAGCAUUACCGCCGACAACGCUGAUGCAAUUGUUAGCAACAUCACCGCCAAGUUCCAACAAACAGCCGCGCAGAUACCGAACAACAAAGCCCGCCCACAAACGGCGCAGCUCACACCAGAAAACCUCAGUUUGCUUGAGGCUCAGGAAAAGGAACGGAAACAAUCCCUUAAAGUCAACCAAGCUCCUCCCGCACCAACGUCCACACAACCACCGUUCCAAAUUGGAGAUCCAAGAGGCCAAGGUACGCCAAGGUACGCGACUCCAGGACUCAAGCAAGAAGACCUUAAGCUCCCGACGGAUCCCAAGAGGCGGAAGAAGAACCAACAACAACCUGCAAGCGCAACUGCCACGACGCCUACCGUGCUCACCUCUCCUCAAGCGACGAAGACGCCGAAGCCUGCCGAAAUGUUUAAGUGUCCAGUCAAUGGAUGCGACCAUCAGCUCAAAGGAUUUGCAACUCAGGCCGAACUUGAUCACCACCAUAAUGUGGCGCACAAGUUAGAUAUGGAGCCUGUCACCGAUCCUCUUGCCUUUCUCCACGACUCUCUGCGCUCUGCCUUCAACCUAGACGAAAACUUCAAGCAAAUCAAGAAGACUUUUCCCAAAUCCGAGGGCAAAGCAGCAGGUGCCAGCAACAUCAAGAAUGAGAGCUCUGCAGACACUGCUGUACCCAUGGCUAAGAUCCCUAGCCAAGGUCCUGCAGGCACGGCUACUAUGGGUGGUGAUGUCUCUAUGGAUGAUGACGAUCCUUGGAAGCACAGCAAUAUCACACUGGAUCAGUUGCGUGUUGCCUUUGGUGGCGACGAUUGGGACGAGCUCUUUCCGUCCGAUGAAAAGCUCUAUGAGCAACAGUCCAAGUUCUACGAGGCCUAUCGCAACACCAGUGAACGAUGGCGGAAGAUAGUCGAAGGACCUAAUGGUGCUUUGACCGACACCUCUACCGAAAAGUCCAAAAGCCCAGAGAUUGCCAGUGACAAGGAAGGCUCGGCCGCGGUUGCAUCGCGUGAGGACAAGAAAGCAACGGUGGAGAAAAAGCCUGAAGACGAUCAGUGGAAGGUCAACCUCGAUGGAAUUGAGGGUCUUGAUCUCAGUGGUUUUGGAGAUAUGUCCCCAUUCGAGAAUAUUAAUGAUCUGGACGUCAUCAUGGGCGAGGACGGCUCACCGUUCGAACCCGUCGAAAAACCACAGCUAUCGACCGAACAGCUCCACCUUCAAGCUCUAGGAGUGGACCUUGAGCAUCCAGAGACCUGGACUGAGGAGCAGAAAGCACUGGCGGACUUUCUGUUGGAUAUGUGA